AUUUGUUUUUAGAGUUACCAAUAUGGCGCGCAUUGUAUCUAUGAAUUCUAUGUCUACAGAAGUUCAUGCACUCAAAUUUUAGAUAAGAUCUCGUAUGGCCUUUCAUUCACCUUAAUAUUCUUAAAAUUAAAUUGAUAUAGAUAGAUCUAUUAAGCCCUACAACAUAAAAUACAUGGUUGAUCUUCAUCAAGAAACUCUGAAAUGGACAGAAAGGCUCCAUCUCUUCAAUCAUUUCUGGAACAAGGUGAUUCACCAGCGCCUCGCCCAGGGGAGACGGGCAAAACAUUUAAAAGGAGGAGUUCCAACAUAAAUCUUCAAAGAUCAAUCAAAUUACUUGAUGAAGCUGUGACACCAUAUGUGAACAGAGCUGUUAGAACACCCAAAGGGAAUUUAAGGGAUAGUGGAUUAACUCCUAUUCGCCAUGAGACUCAGAUAGAGUCAGAUACUCAAAAUUUGUUUCUGUUCACACCAGGAAAGAAAGCUAAAUCUGUUCGCUCACAAACAUUUGAUGAUACACAGAACACAACAGCUCUCAGAAAUACAACUAAUGUUGUAUCCUUCAGACAGGAACCAAAUUAUGAAGGAACAAUGACUAUUGAAUUGACUGAUGUCACUUUGUCAAAUAUAACCAUUGAUGAAGAUCCUGCAAGAAAAGCAACACAAGAACUGUAUCUGGAGUUUAAGGAUUCAUUAAAACAACAGUCUGCAUUGCACCAGGUCCUAGAUUUAGUGGCUAGUUAUGAGUCAGCUUGUGCUAAGCAACUGUCUAAAAUUCAACAGAUCUCCAAAUGUCUAGUACGUAAUCAGCCAAAAUUACAAAAGACAUGUAGUACCGGUGAACAGCUUCUAUUUGAAAAAAAUACUUGGAAGCUGGUCCAUUCACUUUUUAAAGACAGGCUUGAGAGUGAUGCAGGAAGAGAUAGUUUUGAAAUGGAUGACAGUGAUGGAGACAUAUUAAAAACAUCGGUCUGGGGUUUGAGUGAACAAAACAUUUCUAGUCGUCUCUUUGAAAAGGAUGCUAAUGUCAGACAGAGUCAGCUUGUUGUUGAUUGGCUAGAAACAUGUGCUGCUGAAGUUCUUGGAGAUCAACCCAAAAAUGCAAAGUUUUUUGUUGACCAGCCUGUGGCUUGGGAGAACACUCUUCACAACCUUCAAAAAUCAAAACAAAAACUGCAGACCAUUAAUAGCAGACAAGUGACAGAAUUGGAUCCUGAUGCCACUCUUAGGCAAAAUAAAGUUUUAGAUGACCUAGACCAAGAAGAUGAACGCUAUUUUUUGCAAAACCUAUUUGUACUUAUCCGAGCAGGGCAGCUAGAAAAGGCACAAGAGCUUUGUCAUGCUUGUGGUCAACCAUGGAGAGCAGCCACGCUUGAGGGUUGGCGCCUUCUGCACGACCCUAACUAUUAUGCCAAAACAUCCUCUGAUAUUUCUCCCUUAGAAGGUAACCCUCACAGAGAUGUUUGGAAAGCUGUUUGUUGGCGACUGGCUAGUGAGGAUAAUAUUUAUCUCUAUGAGCGAGCAAUCUAUGCAGCACUCAGUGGAAAUCUUACAGCUCUGCUGCCUGCAUGUUCAUCUUGGAUGGAUUAUGUCUGGGCAUAUUUUAAGGUGAAGGUGGAUGUUGAUGUUGAAAAAGAAAUUCGUCUUUUACAUCCGACGGACAGAAUGCUUGAUAGUUUGCCUCAAGAAUAUACAGCAAAGCUGCUUGAAGCUCAAGAAGUUUUUAAGGAGAUAGCAGCUAGUAGCGAUGAGAAUGUUCGUAUUCAGUCAGAAAAUGUCUUCCAUACAAUUCAGAAAUAUAUAAUUCUGGGAGAUGUGCCGGGUCUGAUUGAAACAAUGUAUCAAUGGCAUCAAAAUAGAUCUUGUCCUCCUUACUUAAUUCGAGUCCUUGCCCACCUUGUCCUGUUUCUGAGAACCAUUGGUCAAGAUUAUCAGAAAGAACUUUGUGAAGCAAUCCUAAAGGCUUAUGUUGAAGACCUCAUCAGCAAGAAACACACAAGUCUUGUUGCACACUAUGUAUCUAAGUUAAACCCAGAGGACCAGGUUCAGAUGUAUGCAACAUUUCUGGAAGACAUUGGGGCUCAGGAAGAACAGCAGAAAUGUUUAAAGUUGGCUGAGGAGGAAGGCCUGGAUGUGGCCAGGAUUACAAAAACUGUUGUGGAACGAAUAAGAAUGAGGGAAAAUCCAAACAUGUUCCCUAAGACCAGUUUGGCAGUUGAUUUAUCCAUCACUGAGGAAGACAAGGCUAAGAUUGAUGCCAUUCAGUGGCUUGUGUUUGACGAGGCUCACAGACCUGAAGCAGUAAGACAAGCCAAUGCUAUCAUGCGCACUUUUAUUGCUGUUAAAAAGCAUGCUGCAGCACGGCUGGCUUUUGAAAAGAUUCCAUCUGACUCUAUAGAUGUGAUUUAUCAUCUUUGGCACACAAAAACUGGUUCCAGUGACCUUUCAAGUAAAGACAGUAACACGAUCAGAGAGUACAUGUGCAUGAAAGCCUAUUUGGAUGCAGUGGAAAGUUUCAAUGAUUGGUUCAGUUUGUACCAUCAAGGCCGUCCAUCUAAACCAGCUGGAGCUGAAGGUGGAAGUUUCACAGACCAAGUUGCCUAUGAGCACAAGAUGAAACAGUUCAACCAGGAGUAUGAUAGAUGGAUGUACAACUUACAAAUACAAACACGAACAACCAGAGAUAGAAUCUUCAAUGUUUUAUUAUUUCUUGAUGGUGGUUGGCUGGUGGAUGCUGAUGAGGAUCCAGAAAAAGAUGCAUCCCGACAGGAUCAAAUGAGUCGACUAAGAAAAUUACAUAUACCAGCCCUGUGUCUAAACCUGCAUACAGUGCUUCAUUUAAGUGAGAUGUAUGUUGAAGCAGUGCAACUUGCAGAUGUCAUAGCAUCAGAACAAUAUCAUUUGUAUAGGGUAAGUUGCUUCUAUCUCAUAGCAUCAUCAAUUGUAUAGGGCUAACUAAUUCAAUCUCAUAGCAUCAGAACAAAAUCAUUUGUAUAGGGAAUUUGACAAAGAGUCAUUGCAGCAUCUUCUUGUACAGAUUUCUAAAUCUUCUCUUGCUCUGCUAGACGGGAACAAAGAUCCUCUUGGCUAUGACAUGGUUUAAGUUAAUUUUUCCAUUAUGUUUAUGUUAUUUCAUGUCAUAUUGUUACACUGUACAGCCUCAACAUUGGCGUCAACUCAGAACUAGUGUAUUCAGCUUUAGGCGUGUCUGUCAUUGGACACAUUAUUACAAUGUUCUGCCUUUUAGAAACUGCAUACAAGGAUGCUAAAAUGUUUGGAAUAAAAAUGUUUAUGUA